UGAUCGUGUGUCGGUCUGCGCUCCAGUGGCUCUUCACUGUGUUUAACUCUAUUGUGCUGCUUUCUCGGUGUGUCUUAAAAAACGUUUCGAGCAAUACAUUGGUCCCUGGGAAGAGAUGGACCCGCAUCUUGUUUUUACUCUGCUGUCGCUGAUGUUUGCAGGCUUUUUCUACCGGGCGUCUUUGGUCACCCCCUCCAGCUCCCUAGAUCGCCACACCAGGUUGAAGAGAUGUUCUUGUGCCACCUUCCUGGACAAAGAGUGUGUGUACUUCUGUCACCUGGACAUCAUCUGGGUCAACACACCUGAGCGCAUCGUCUCCUAUGGACUGGGCAAUGCUCGCGCUUCCAGGACAAGGCGCUCACGCGCCCAACAGCACAGCACACGCUGCCUGUGCGCGAACACAAGGGAUCACACCUGCGCAGCGUUCUGCAUCUUGGUGAAAUCAUUGAGGACCCCCACUCGCUGAGGCCAGCAGUCAUGACUGGGCCAUAACUUGGCCUUCCCAAGGCCUCGAAUUGGGUGCCUCGAUGCUCGUGGAGAACCAGGGUCGGCCGAGGGUCUCCGUCCCCUGCGUGCCCCCGCCACCCCCCCCCCCCCCCCCGUGGGAGAGCCAAUGGCGAGAGGCUUUGGUGCUCCUCUCGUCUCCAGGACGACGGCGCCACCGCCACCUUCUUGCAACCUGAGAGGGGCCUCUGGGCCCAGGAACACCAGGCAGCAGCAGCGACCAUCCUCAGUGCUCCUUGGGAGACAGAGCGCACGCCUCGCCUCCCUGCCGCAGGGCCGCGGGUCGAGCCGCAGGCGAAGAACGGCUUUGACCGAAGAUCAUCGACCGUUUGUUCAGCCUAAGUGAACCGCCAUUGCUGUCGCCGUGUGUCUUUUUCCUUUGCUGUAAAUGAUUUAAAACAAUUAUUCCAUAAUUGAGCUGUGCAGCAUAACAGUGUCGAUUUGGAAAAUGACGCUUGUCUCACCGCACCACAGCCCACCGGAGAUGUUACACGUGUGUUGUGUCGGGGAAACGUUGGUCUCGGAGUGCAGUCUCGUUUCUCUCAAAUGUCCACGUUGCUGUCCGGAAGCAGACAAAGCAAAAGGAAAUAAAACA